AUGCUGCAUUUCUCUGCGAAGACGGCUCCUCCGUGCCCUUCAUCACCACCACUUCUACACUUCCUUUGUCUCCCCUCAACAUCGACCAUCAUCCAAAUCCUAACGACAGGAACAUCCAUCUACGGUGCCAGCAUCCGUAACUUUAAGGCUGGCCUGAUAAUUCUCAAGGACAUCCUCCCGAAAGCGAUCACCCACUACGGACCCCACUCAGCCGGCAUCCUCACAACCACGCUCAUUGACGACCUCAGACCGCUCAUCGGCUAUGUAUACUGGUGCUCCAACAUCGCUCAAGAAGUCGCUCACGCGCAUGGCCAAGACGACCACUGA